AUGAAACAUCUUUGUCCUUCUUCCAGUGAGAAUCUGUUCACGGACAUGGCAGACAGACUUGCAGAGGAUGGCUGGAAGGAACUCGGCUACGUCUACGUGAACAUAGAUGACUGCUGGUCUUCCAAACAAAGAGACAAUCAGGGACGGCUGCAGCCUGAUCCUAAGAGGUUUCCAGGAGGAAUCAAAAAGCUGGCACACUACUUGCAUAACAGAGGCCUAAAGCUGGGCAUCUAUGGGGACAUGGGCAAACUCACAUGUAGGGGCUACCCUGGUACCCCGCUGGAUAAGAUCGAAUUAGACGCUCAAACUUUUGCAGACUGGGAGGUGGAUAUGUUUAAAUAUGACGGCUGUUACUCUAAUGCCACGGAGCAAGAGCUGGGUUACCCUCUCAUGUCAAAGGCUUUAAAUGCUACAGGGCGUCCCAUUGGCUAUUCCUGCAGCUGGCCUGCCUACCAGGGUGGGCUGCCACCUAAGGUAAAUUACACUCAGCUGGGUGAGAUCUGCAACCUGUGGCGUAACUAUGAUGACAUCCAGGACUCUUGGGACAGUGUACUGAACAUUGUUGACUGGUUCUCUGAAAAUCAGGACGUCCUGACACCUGCAGCAGGUCCUGGAAGGUGGAACGACCCUGAUAUGGUUUGUUUAAUUGAAAUUUGUAAUAUCUUCCCCAAAUGUGAAGUUUUCAACGUCUUCACAGAUGAGACCGCAUCGCUCAAAGACUCCACUGAAUUUGUAGUGUCAGUGAACCCCACAGGGGUGGUGAUGUGGUACGUCUCUGCACCUGCCAAAUUCAACCUCCGCCAGUUCUAUCAAGGGGGCACGCUCCAUGGUCGUGUCUAUGAUGAUCGUGAGGAAAAUGCCAUUCCACGGGUUUUCCUCUGACCACUCACAGACCCCACUUUCUAAUCCUUAAAUUUUUGUCUUUUACCUCAGUAGUAAUGUCUUGAUGAUCGAAUGAUUUGUUUCUAUCUAAGCACAGGUGCAGGCGCAUAGCUCUGAACUGUGUUUUACAAUUGCCUCUUCCACGUAAGGACAUGCUUGAAACUCAGGGUCAUCCACUUUACAUCUGUAUAUGGCACAAAUGUGCUCUUGUUGAUGUGAUCUCCAGCUGGAUCUUCACUUGAAAGUAACUGGGCCAAAAGAGUUUCUGUGCUCAACAGUAAAGAGAGAUGAUGAUUUGAAAGUUUUAUCUGAGAUGUGCCAAAGCACAGUCACUGAUCCCAGAUCGGCACUGUGACUGAGAGGUCUUCACUUGUCUUAGAUUUUGUUUUUUUUUAUUAGAGAUCAGUCUUUGUCAGCUCAGAAAGACUAAAGUGGAAACAAGUUUUAGAAAAAACUCAUUAAUGACUUAUAUGUUUUUAUGUGACCUAAGUAAACAAUUUACAAUCAAAUUCUCUAAAUAAAUGAAAACGCUGUAUUUCAA